GAGCGCCGUCCUCUCACGCGCCCCAGUGUGGAGGUGGGGAGAGGGAUGAGGGGUACACAGCGCCCCCCCGCCCCAGGCGGCGUGGAGGCCGCAAAGCUACCCGACCGCCGCCAUCAGCUGGGCACAAAACUCGAAAGUCGAGGAAUGCCAAGUUUGGCAUCUAUUGAUCUGCAGGUCUAGACCCGCUGGGCCCCCUUUCCCCGCUCCGAGCGACCCCAAACACUCCGCCUUGAAUCAGAAGGGGAUCUAGAAGCGGAGAGCUGCCCGCAGUGGAAACCGUUAACGCCCAGGCCGGGAGGAAAGCGGGUUAGGACGUGAUCCCGCCGCACGGAGGACCCAGGAGGCUCCGGCGCGGCGCUCCGGUGGCGGGAGCGCGCUGCGUGCUGCGCGGGGCGGGCGGCGGCGGCGCGGGCGCGGGGCUGCAGGUGCGACUCCCGCGGACUCCUGCCUGUGCCGGGACCGCCGCCAGCGCGCACGCAGCGCCGCCGGCCCCCCGGCCCCCGCCCACGGAUUGGCCACCAGAGCAUAACCUUCAGUAGCAGAACAAAUCAGGCCAGCCAGCAAGUUGCCAAGUCCUGUGGGCUCCUUGUCAAGGGACACAGCCAGACCCAUUUCUAAUCAACAUCUCCCAACAAACACUUCUGGGUUCCUGAAGGACACCAGACCCGAAUUUGAAACUUUCUGAAGACUUCCAACAGACAUCGAAUGCAAAGGGAUAUUUAGGGUGCCUUUGCACAGAUCUGCUCCAUUUGAGAGACAAAGCGGAACAAUACAGGUGUCACAUUCACCCGGGAAGUCACAACGAACAUAUUUGACUUUGAAACCUCUGCACAUAUAAUGGAUGAUGGUUAUCGAAACAGCCCAAACAUCUACCACAGUGCGAGGGAUAUAGCUCGAGAAGCGACCAGGCAGUCCCGGAACCAAGGAAUGGCUGACUACAGAUAUCAGGACAACUAUGAGGGCCACGUCCCCAGCGAUGGCUACUACCAUGGCAGCGAGUCCAACCCGGAAGAAGAUGCACAGAGUGAUGUCACAGAAGGCCAUGACGAGGAAGACGAGAUCUAUGAGGGCGAGUACCAGGGCAUCCCUCACCCAGAUGAUGUCAAGCCCAAGCAGACCAAGAUGGCACCCUCCGGGGCAGGUGGCCUUCGGGGCCAGGCAGCCCUGAUGGCCGAGAGGAUGGAAGAUGAGGAGCAGCUGGCCCAUCAGUACGAGACCAUCAUCGACGAGUGCGGCCAUGGGCGCUUCCAGUGGAUCCUCUUCUUUGUCUUGGGUUUGGCCCUGAUGGCUGACGGGGUGGAGGUGUUCGUGGUGAGUUUUGUCCUGCCCAGUGCAGAGAAGGACAUGUGUCUGUCCAGCUCCAAGAAAGGAAUGCUUGGGUUGAUAGUCUACCUAGGGAUGAUGGCGGGCGCCUUCGUCCUGGGAGGCCUGGCGGAUAAGCUGGGGAGAAAGAGAGUCCUCAGCAUGUCCCUGGCCAUCAAUGCCUCCUUCGCCUCCCUCUCCUCCUUCGUUCAGGGAUAUGGGGCCUUUCUCCUCUGCCGACUCAUCUCGGGCAUAGGUAUUGGGGGUGCUCUGCCCAUUGUUUUUGCCUAUUUUUCUGAAUUCUUGUCUCGGGAGAAGCGAGGAGAGCAUCUCAGCUGGUUGGGCAUCUUCUGGAUGACCGGAGGCAUCUAUGCAUCUGCCAUGGCCUGGAGCAUCAUUCCACACUAUGGCUGGGGCUUCAGUAUGGGCACCAGCUACCACUUCCACAGCUGGAGGGUCUUUGUCAUCGUCUGUGCCCUGCCCUGCGCUGUGUCCAUGGUGGCCCUGAGGUUCAUGCCGGAGAGCCCGAGGUUUCUGCUGGAGAUGGGUAAACACGACGAAGCCUGGAUGAUUCUCAAGCAAGUCCACGACACCAAUAUGAGGGCCAAGGGUGCCCCGGAAAAGGUGUUCACGGUUUCGCACAUCAAAACUCCCAAGCAAAUGGAUGAGUUCAUUGAGAUCCAAAGCGCGACAGGAACUUGGUACCAGCGCUGGCUGGUCAGGGUCAAGACCACUUUCAAGCAGGUCUGGGAUAACGCUCUGUACUGUGUGAUGGGGCCCUACAGGAUGAACACGCUGGUUCUGGCUGUGGUCUGGUUCACCAUGGCUUUAAGCUACUAUGGUCUCACGGUUUGGUUCCCGGAUAUGAUCCGGUAUUUUCAAGAUGAAGAAUACAAGUCCAAAAUGAAGGUAUUUUUUGGUGAGCAUGUGUACGGUGCCACGAUCAACUUCACGAUGGAAAACCAGAUUCACCAACAUGGCAAACUUGUGAAUGACAAGUUCACAAAGAUGUACUUUAAACAUGUGCUCUUUGAGGACACAUUCUUUGACGAGUGCUAUUUUGAAGAUGUUACAUCUACUGAUACCUAUUUCAAAAAUUGCACCAUUGAAUCAACCAUCUUUUAUAACACAGACCUCUACGAGCAUAAGUUCAUCAACUGUCGGUUUAUCAACUCCACCUUUCUGGAACAGAAGGAAGGCUGCCACAUGGACUUCGAGCAAGAUAACGACUUCCUGACUUACCUCGUUAGCUUCCUUGGCAGUCUGUCUGUCUUGCCUGGGAACAUCAUUUCUGCCCUGCUCAUGGAUAGAAUGGGAAGGAUCAAGAUGAUGGGUGGCUCCAUGCUGACCUCAGCUGUCUGCUGCUUUUUCCUGUUUUUUGGCAACAGUGAGUCCGCGAUGAUCGGCUGGCAGUGCCUGUUCUGUGGGACCAGCAUUGCUGCCUGGAAUGCUCUGGAUGUGAUCACGGUGGAGCUGUAUCCCACCAACCAGAGGGCAACAGCCUUUGGCAUCCUCAAUGGAUUAUGCAAAUUUGGCGCUAUCCUGGGAAACACCAUCUUCGCUUCUUUUGUUGGGAUUACCAAAGUGGUACCCAUCCUUCUGGCUGCCACCUCUCUCGUUGGUGGUGGCCUGAUUGCUCUUCGGCUGCCAGAGACUCGGGAACAGGUCCUGAUGUGAACAGCCUAUGGGGAAAGGAAGUGUUGGAAGAACCUUGUCCAGGAACCUUAAAUACACCCCUACUUCCUGUCUGUCACUGUCCUGAGGACACCUGGAUAGCACAGGAGGAGACGCUGAUUUUGUGGCUGUUAGUUUAGGACGCAUUUCAGUUGUCAGUAUGUCUGUAACUCAGGUGACUGAUUGGAGGUGUCCUGAGCCACCCUUAGAAUCACAGAGCUCAGUGGUUGGCUUCAAGUCUCCCCAGCCCAAGGCAGGAGGAGGAUAGCACCCUCUAUGAGUGCACACAAUAAGCAAGGAGUGUGUAUUUCCCCAAGUGAGGUGCAAGGACUUAUUUGCAUUUCAAAAUGAAUUUGAGAGUGAGAAACACUCAAGCUCCUCCAUAAGUUUCCUCAGAGCCCCCAGUGACCUAGCAAAUUGAUUUGGGAGGAAAUUAGAGUCAUCGUAUGAGUAUCAGGCUAUGAAUAUUGAAAUACAGUAUACAUAUAUUUUUACAUUGAAUAUUACCCAUCCUAGUUUCCAUUUGAAAAUUGGCACAAUAGCAUUGAAGAUACUCUGAUAUAGAAAAACCAAAUAUUUUAGCAAUAUCUAUAGAAAUCUACUUUCCCGCUCAAGUGUCUGUUGAAUUUUCCAUGAUGAUUAGGUGGUAAAUUCAAGAAUGAUGUUUACUUCUGUUUUGAUCUAUUCAGAGAAACAGAAUGGUUUUGGUAUUCUGUAAAUUACUUUGUACAGAACUGUAUUUAUACUUAAUUUGCAGAGAUAGUAUCUGCAAAUAUUUGCCAGCAUUGAAGCCAUAUUUUGGGAGGACUUGGUGUUUCAGGUUCUGGGAAAUUGGGUCUGAUGGCAUGAAAUGCAAGCACAAUUUCUUAUAGCCAUUUAACUUGCUGUCGGGAGGGUGCACUUAGCAAACUCACGUUGUACAGUUCAUUUAAUCCAGGCCCUGUUCUUCGUGUAGGUGGAGCAGUUAUUUCUCUCCCUUACACAGAUCACUUGAAACUCAUGAGCACUGUCCUCAAUAUUGGCGUUUGACUUUGCCGCACACCCAGACACACUAUGAGGUUCUGGCACUUGGUUUGCAGCAAGAACAAAACACGGUGGACAACAGGGGCGAUCGAGGGAGACAAGGAGAAGGGCAGCCAUAGUUCUUCGAAGUGUAAAUUUUUUGUUUCUUUUAGCAGUAAAAUAUGUCCCAUAUUUGUGCUAAUGGUCAGGUUCCAUGAGAAGUCUAUGCUCUGUGUCUCGGUGAUGAGCUUUGGAAGCACAUGGCUUGGAAGUUAAGGGGUGUAGUGGAUGUCAAAUGUGUUUCCUUCCAAGAGAACUCUUUCCUGAGAUGCUGUUUGGAAGAGGAACGGGCGUGGAGUGGGGUGUGGAACCUAGACAGACGGCUCUGAUGGGGUCAGCAGUAGACGGAAGUCUUGACCACUUAGAAAAGGAACAAUUUUUCAUCCACUGGAACUUAGCAUGGGAGUGGCAGUGAGCUAGGGGCUCCUGCCCUGGAGGUGACUGGCUGAGGCCAGGUGAACACCGGUUGGCAAGAACUGCUGGUUUGAGGUGAUUCGCAGAGCUCUCAAUGCUGUGAAGUGUCCCACUUUCCUACCAGAGAUCUCCACAAAUUUAAACAGAACAGUGGUGACUGUGUUGAGUGUUUUCUGUUUUGGAGACAUGCUUAGGCCCUGUGACAGCUUCAGAAAAUCUUUCUGGUAUUCUCUGAAGUAACAGGUAGACAGCAGGUAAGAGUAAAUUUUAUGACACUUUUCUACCCUGGAUUUGAAAUCAGUUUUAAUGGUUAAAAUGUUUAUUUUCCUUCUUUUGUCCCCUACAUCUUUAGUCACUCUUUUUUUUCUGCACAGGGAAGGAAGACAGAUCAGCUCUGAGUUGACACUCUAUUUCCCCAAAAUAUAUAAAUAUACCAUUGUGUAUUAUUGUUUCUCUCAGUCUUCUGUAAGAGUUACCUAACAUAAGCUCUAUGUCAGUAAUGAGAAGCCCAAUGUAAUAUAGCUGUAAUAUACUUUCCAUAUUCUUAUGACAUGAAAUAGAGUGGCUAGGUUCAUAUAAGAGAAUCGUGUAAACCUGGGAUUACCACAUCCCUUAUGACAUUAUUCUUCACCGGGAUACUACAAUUCAGUGAGCAGCUACUACAUCAGAAAUUUACAAGGCAGUUAGAGUCUACAUUUCUAGUUAAGAUGGAUCUUAUAAAUCUAAGACCUGAUUAGUUUUUGAGUGUUGAGGUGGCUGCAAUAAUUUUGGGGUGAACUCCACCUGAUUUUCAAGCUCUAACUUCUGCAUUAUCUUUCUAGCUGCUUAAACCAGCAGUCUAACUGGCCAAGGGCAAUUCCCAUUUCAUCCAUCACUUGGGCCUUUGUAAAGCGUGCAGCCAUUCUUUGCAGCCUUUCUCCUUGAAGGGAUUGUCUGGCACUGGUACCUGGCCACUUCUUAAAUGCUGUCACUUCUGCUGAGAUAAAUGCUACUUUAAAAAUAGUCUCUGUGACAGGUCAUUGGGGGAUAAUGUCCAUUCCUGGCCAGACACUUCUUUUUCAUUUCACGUUCUACCUUGAGAAACUCCUUGAUGGCAUCCGUGGAGAUUAAAAGAUGAGGCUCCUGUUCAUUGAGCAAAUCUGUUCACAGUUCAUGAUGUAUUUUAUGAUACCCAGUUUGGGUACUUCCUUUUAAUAGUCUCAGCUGUAUUGUGUCAUCUCUUGCGCUGAUAUUUGAUCUCCUGUUUUACUGGAAUAAUUAGUGAAAGGGCUGUGCCUCUUUGUGACAUUUAUAGCACAUGAGCCCGAGGCCAUAUAAUAAAUAACCCUAUUCCCAGGAUUCUCUGGUACCUUGUAUUAGUUCAUUAAAAUCAUAAUAAAAAUAAUUGUAAGCAAACUUUCAAGACUUGAGGCUAGAGAUUAUUUCUAGACAUGAAGGGCUCUUCUGGAUUCGUAAACAGAUUGGAUUGUGGGGGAAUAUUGUGAAUCCCUUCUUCAACUUUCUUUUUUGCAUGUAGGGACGUUGAGAGGUUAAAUGAAGCAACCAAGGUGACAUGGAGCUAGGAGUGGGUUACAAGGCCUACAGUGACACUCUGUCUUGUGUUUCUGGACCAGUCUCUCCUUCACUGACACCCAACUGCAGGGAGUCCCAUCUAGUCUCUGGGGGAUGGGACAAUGCGACUGACAUUCCCUGAGCCAUUCAUUGGAAACGCAUUUGAGUGUUUUACCCAGAGUAAGUUGGAAGGAUCAGUAUACAUACGAAAAGUUUAGAAUAUACUCAUCCAUUUAAUCAUUCAUUCAUUCAACAAAUCCUUACCUAGCUCCUACUAUGUGCCAGUCUCUGAGCUUGGCUCUGGGGAUCUAGUGGUGAAAGAACCACAGUUCCUACCUGCUGCCCCCUCUUACUUACAGCAAGUGGGCAAGAUGGAUGUUCAGUUGGCAAUAACAGUGAAGUGCAGUGAUCUCAUAAUUAGUCAAACCUUUUGAUUAUAAGAGGAUAUUCUUAUUUGUUUGUCAGUCAGCUGUGGGUAUCUGAAUGUGGUUGCCCUCUCUGGUUCCUCUCUUCCUCAAGGAACAUGCCAAUUUCUUAUAUUUAUAAACCAGGUAAGGGAAGACAUACUUGUUCAUUUUCUACAGAGCUUAAUCAGUUCCUACUUAAAUCCACGUGCCAGAAAGUUCUAUGUGGAAAAAGGGAUGGGAGCGGGCAGGCAUUGGUUUAGUGGGCAAAGCUCCCAGGAGCCCUGGGAAAGGUGUUAUCCUUUCACCCUUUAUUUUUCUAGGGAGCUUCUGAAUGCACACUGACAUAAUAUUUUGGGAUUUAGUUAGGAUUAGGAUGGAUGGAAUAUAACUGAAAACCCAAACAAGCAGGUUUAGAAUACAUGUAUGUUAAGUUCAAAGUUUAUUUCUCUCUCAUAUAAAAAAUCUGAAGGAAAGAAAGCCAUGGCUAAUAUGGAUGUUUUUGAUCUGAUUUUUGGGAACAGACUCCUGCCUUUAAACUCCUUAACUUUUAGUGUACAGUUUCUAUCAUGGAGGCUGCCUCUUGGACUGAGAUGGCUGUUGGAGCACCAGUCCUCGCAUCCACAAUUCCGGCAGAAAGCAAAGGGACUGAACAUCUCAGCUGAGCCAGCCUCCCUUGAAACUAACUGGUCUCCUGGACGUCCCUUCCAGUUGCUUGCACAUGUGUAUCAUUGACCUACACUUGUUUUGGGGGCGGCUGAGAAAUGUGGCAUUUACCUGACAAUAUUGCCACCCUCUUCCGGAUUGAGGAUCUUGGUUCUAAGGGAGAAAGGGGGGAAGGAUCGGUGGAUCAUGCUUCUUAAACUUCAGUGUGUAUCGGGAUCACCUGGAGAGGUCACACUGGGGGGCCCCACCUGUAUCUGGGGUGGGAGUCUGACAAUUUUUAUUUUUACACAGCUCCCAGGUGAUGUGGCUGGUGUCUGUCCUUGGGCCAUAUUUGGAGUGGUACUGACAGCCUACCAAUCUGAUUUGUUGGGGAAGCUCUUUAAAUCCAGCCCAACCAGAAACUCACAGAAAAGAAAAGCUAGCAGAAAAGCAAGCAGCCAGUGAAAAAUGAUCAUCAUUUUCCUAAAGUUCAGAGGCAGUCAAGCCAUGUCAGUGCAUCACUAACUAAUGACUGUGCAUGAAAAUAUUCCCUUCACUGCUUGGUUUCUCUCAGGCCCUGUCCUUGUGAACCCAUGGCUGCUGGUGGGCCUCUGAUAACCUCUUACACUUAGCAGAGGGUGCAUGCCCUUUCACCUGGGAGUUGAUGAGCUCUGUUUUACCCAUUUCCAUGUGCUAAUCAUUUUUACAGACACAAAUACAGUUGUGGUACAUUGUAAUCCAUUAGGCCUUAUAGUGAUACUCUCUGAUCUUAAAAGCUUUUUCGUACCUGGGAAUGCACAGAGGGUAAUAAAGACGUAACUAUGUGUAAA